UCGUUAGAAAGACAGAGAAAGAUAGAAAACAGAAAAAGCAGAGAAAAACAGAGCAAUAUACAGAAUUUGAAAACAAAGUGAUCAUUGGGUGUUACCGUUUGAAAAAUAUGGAAGAAGUUGUGUUACUAAUCGAUGAUUUAAGGUUACUUUCUGGAAUUUCUCGCUGUAGAAUUUGCCAUGAAGAAGAGUUUGAAAGCUCCAAAGCCUUAGAAGCACCUUGUUCUUGUUCUGGAACUGUUAAGUUUGCUCAUAGAGAUUGCAUACAAAGAUGGUGUAACGAGAAAGGAAAUACAACCUGUGAAAUAUGUCUCCAGCAAUAUGAACCCGGAUAUACAGCUCCUCCUCCAAAGAAAUCAGAGAUAAAUGAUGAAGCAAUGUCCAUAAGGGGGGAGCAAGAAGCUUCAAACGCGAUAAGAGAAAGUGAGGUGGAAGGAAUUGUAAUAGAAAGUGAUUACUCGGAAUGCAGCUCUACCACUAACAGAACCGCGUUUCACUGUCGAUCAUUGGCAAUAGCUUUUACACUAGUGUUACUAGUAAGACAUUGUUUGGUAGUGCCCACAAGUGGAACCGAAGAUUAUCCAUUUACACUUCUUACCGUCAUUGUUCUAAAGGCUUGUGGAAUUAUUAUACCCAUGUACAUAGUUACUAAGACAAUCGGAGCCAUUCUGAAUAGCAUUAGGCGCUAUCAAGGUUCUGACUACGACACAUCUCUCUCUGAAGAUGGCAGAAAUGAAGAGCAGGACGAAGAAAAUCUAAUACAUUCAUAGAUUAUUUACUUUCAAUGUUAGAGAGUAUCAUGAACGAUGCUCAUUUCAUAGGUUAUUUACUUCAAUGUGUAUCAGACAGUAUCAUGAAUGAUGAUGAUGCUCGCUCAAUUCCAAAAUUUUCUGGCAUGAUAUAGACAAUUGACUUCUGAUCAAAAUACAUUUUUAAUCUUCCCCUA